AUGCGUCACCUCAGACCCUCGGUUAUAUUAACGUCGUUACUUUCAGCGACUGGCAUCGUCGCCAGUGAAGAUCCCAACGAUGUCUCCGUGUUGAUUAGGGAGGCCGGACGCGCCAGCAACGAUUCCCUGCUAUGGGGUCCUUACAAGUCAAACCUCUACUUCGGUGUGCGCCCUCGUAUCCCGAAGAGUCUCUCUGCGGGAUUGAUCUGGGGCAAAGUUGACGAUUAUGCCGGUGCCCAACAAAACUUCAGACACACCUGCGAACAAAAUGAAGGCAUGACUGGAUAUGGCUGGGAUGAAUACGAUAUUCGGAAAGGUGGACGGGAGACUAUCCAUGACGCCGGAAACAAUUUGGACUUGACGAUUGAUUUCAUCAAGGUCCCUGGUGGCCAGCACGGUGGUAGCUGGGGAUUCAGAGUCAAGGGCACACCCAGCGAUGGGAAUCCCCACCAACCCACAUCGAUGAUAUUCUAUUCUACCCUAGAAGGACUCGGUCAGUUGGGUGUUGAGGCCGACGAGACCGAAUUCGGCAUUGAAGGUGACGUCAAAUUUGAAGGCUCCUCCCUGGAACUUGGUGACUUCACCAUCGAUGUCACAAAUGGCCCGAACACCAAUAUACACCCUCGUUUCGAGCACCAAAGCUCCAAGGAUAAGCCAUUGGACCGCAGCAUCGUGGAUAGUCUGAUUUUCCCCGAAGAACAACUUUGGCAAGCCAAGGGGAUCUUCUUCACUCAAUUGAAGGCUCAGGUUGAUGAGGCUCUUGAGGAGUAUGGGAAAGAGAACAUUCCGCCUCCAGCCCAGCUAUUCACCGUGCCGCAUAAGCCUGGCUACGGCAAUGCUCAUCUUGUUCAGAAGGUCUUCUCUGGUGAAUUUCAGUUCGACGUCUUGUUCUCCUCGGGCUCUGCGCCUAAGCCAUUGACCUCGGAAGUUCUCUCUAAGGAGAUCAAGGAAGCCUCGGAAUCUUUCUCUGAAACCUUCGACCAACUUCUCCCUCCCCAGGCGCCGUUUGAUGAGCCGAAGUACUCGAAAUUCUCCAAGGCAAUGCUGUCUAACCUCAUUGGUGGCAUCGGCUUCUUCCAUGGUGACCAGAUCGUGGAUCGCUCGGCUAACCCUGCGUAUGAGGAGGAGAACGAGGGUUUCUGGCAAGAGACAGAGCAGGCUAGAGCUGCCGCUCAGCCUGCUGUCGAGGGCCCCAAAGAUCUUUUCACUUGUGUUCCCUCUCGACCGUUCUUCCCCAGAGGUUUCCUAUGGGAUGAGGGCUUCCACCUGAUGCCCGUAAUCGAAUACGACACCGACCUUGCGCUUGAGAUCAUCAAGAGCUGGUUCCACUUGAUGGAUGAGGAUGGAUGGAUUGCCCGUGAACAGAUUCUUGGCCAAGAGGCGCGAAGCAAGGUUCCCCCCGAGUUUACCAUACAGUAUCCUCACUACGCGAACCCGCCCACCCUGUUCAUGGCCCUUGAAGCCUUCAUGGAUAAGGUGAACAGCAACGUCAACAAGAGCACCGCUCCUGUGACAUUGGAUAACCAAGAUGCGACCGCGAGCUUGCGGUCUGCCACUGUCCGACACCCAGAGUUGUCACAGGCAUACCUUCGUUCAUUCUACCCGCUCCUGAAGAAGCACUACAACUGGUACAGAAAAACACAGCGUGGUGAAAUCUCCUCAUAUGAUCGUGAAGCAUUCUCUACCAAGGAGGGAUACCGCUGGCGCGGACGCUCGGUACAGCACAUUCUCACUUCCGGUAUCGAUGACUACCCCAGAGCCCAGCCACCGCACCCCGGUGAGCUGCACGUUGAUCUGAUCAGUUGGAUGGGAAUGAUGACUCGCACUAUGCGUCGUAUUGCGCAGAACCUCGGCGAGGAAGACGACGUUGAGGAGUUCGCCUACUACGAAACGGCUAUCACUCGUAAUAUUGAUGACUUACACUGGGACGAAAAGGCGCAGACCUUCUGUGAUGCGACUAUCGAUGAGUACGAGGAGAGCGUUCACGUUUGCCACAAGGGCUACAUCUCCAUUUUCCCCUUCCUGACUGGCAUGCUGGGUCCCGACAGCCCACGUCUCAAGGCCGUUUUGGACUUGAUUGGUGACCCCGAGGAACUGUGGAGCGACUAUGGUAUCCGCAGUUUGAGCAAGCAGGAUGAGUUCUACGAGACCGAUGAGAACUAUUGGAGAAGCCCUGUUUGGAUUAACAUUAACUACCUGGUGCUGAAGAACCUCUACGUAAGUUUUCUGCUAUCUCAUAAAUUCCCCAUCAAUACUAAAGAUUUCUUACAGGACACUGCUAUCGUUUCUGGUCCCCACCAGAAACAGGCACGCGAGCUGUACAACACCCUGCGCAAGAAUCUGGUUGAAAAUGUCUUCCGAGAGUGGGAGAAGACCGGAUUCGCCUGGGAGCAGUACAACCCCGACUCAGGUAAGGGUCAGCGCACACAGCACUUUACCGGCUGGACCAGUAUGGUGGUGAACAUGAUGUCGAUGCCGCAGUUGGCCACACCUGGACAGGAAACCGCUCAUGACGAGUUGUAG